AAAUACUUCGAUUAAGACACUUGUGAUUUAAAAUUGGUUGUAUCUACUGUAGAAUAAGUUCAAAUUGAGUAAUAUUCUUUCCACCUUACCAUUUAAACAACAAAACUACCAAAUGUGGAUACAAAGUUAUCACCAUAACACUCAAGAAGAUAAACAAAGAGCUAUUGAACAAUUUCACUGUGCUCGAUCUCAUCAGUAUACUGAUUCUAUCUAUCCGAAUGUUUUGAAAGAGAACAAUCCUCAGAUAAAAGCAAUUUACUAUUGUAAUAAUAAUAAUGAUAAUAAUAACCCUUGUGAUGUUUCACUUUCAAGGUCUUUUAUACGUACCCCAUACUCCCCAUGUAAUAAUAAUAAUUUAAUGAAUACAUCCGAAUUCACACCGUCAACGAUGAUCUCAUCUGUUAUUCCUGACUGUUGUAUUUCUAUUCCUACAAGGAUGAUGACUAAUGACCAAUCUUCACUUUCGAUUAUUCCAAUCAGAAAUGAAUCACACCUCUAUGUUAAUAAUACAGACAGUAAUGAUGGCAUUCAACAACGAAACAACAAAGGAGAUGAUUAUAAUCCACUUUUGCAUAGUUAUCAAUAUCAUGACCUUGUACAAGGUCAUUCUAUUCAGUGGGAUAUAUUAAUGAAUAAUUCAUCAGUAUUGCUGGAUAAUAUAACUUCAGCUACCGCCAACACUGAAAUUAUCAAUAAGAGUAGUCAUCAGAACAAUGAUCAUUUCUAUGAACUAUCAGAUCAACAAUACACUGAUAGUAAAUCAAUAAAUAGUUAUCACUUUAAUCAACAUGAUACACUGAUAGAGAAAAUUAACUCAAAUUACUCUGAAGCAUCUUCAUCUCUGUGUGAUUUCCAGUUCACUGAGGUACAAGAGAAAGAUAUUCCUAUUAAUUCAAAUCAUAAUCAUUUAUUAGAAUCUUAUGAGAAUAUUUGUCAAAAGCCUCAUUAUUAUCAUGAUAAUCAGAGUCAGAAUAAUCAACACAAUGACAAUAUCAAUCAAACAUUCAAUCAUAAUUGGUCAAUUCCUGAUAGCAUGCAAAAUAUAAUGAUGAAUUAUGAAUUUAUUAGAUCACAGAGGAAUACAUCAGAUCAAAAUAAAACUGAAUCAAAUCAUGAAAAUUACUUUCAAAGCUCAAGGAAUACUGAUAACACACUGAAAGGUAUAGACAAAUUUGAAACUUUGGAUCAAAAUAUCCUAACUGAGAAUAGUGAUACAAACUUCUGUCCCGCGAUUACAUCAUCGUCUUCAUUAUCCUCUUCAUUCACCUUAUCAUCCAAGUUUUUAACACCAACCACGCAAGAUGGAAUGAAGAAAACAGAAAAAUCAUUUAGUACAGAACAAAACUGUGAUAGGUCAAAUAUUGAAUCUCUUGAUUACUAUAAAGUAGAAGAUGAUCACUUAUCCAGUAUUGAAAUAUCAUCUAAGAAUAUAAGUGGAAGAAUUACUCGUUCAACAAAAAGGAGUAAACAUUCAACUCAAUCACGUCAGAUGAAAAGAAUGAAUGAAUUCAGAAAAACACGACAAUCAAUUCAACAACAAUUACAACAAGUCACAAUGACAAGUACAUUGUCCACAUCAACACCAUCUUUGAUUCUAUCAACAACAUCAUUUGAUAUCCCGUCAUCAUCAACAAAUGAUACAGUAAAAUUUAAACAAUUUCCUGUAAAGAUUACUAAAAUAAAUCAUGAUAUGUUGAACAAUAGUGAUUAUAUACCAUAUAAUGUCAAUAUAUAUCAUACCAAUAGUAGACAGAUGAAUAAUGUGACCUUGAAACAAGAACAAAAUAUAUGGAAUAAUGAAUAUACAAAUUAUUGGAUACCAAUGAAUACAAAUAAUUGUAGCCCAUUAUCUUCUCAUCAUCAACCAGUUUAUGAACAAUAUCAACGAAAUCAUUAUAACAUAAAUAAUCCAAUAUCUAUUACGCAAAGUACAAUAAAUAAUAUGUUCAUGCAACCAACAACUUCAACGUGCCAACAAAAUCUUCCUCAACACGUGUGCGAAAGUUCUACAUACUCUGUUGGAUCCGGAAAAGUUUCCUCAUUUAGCCAAGAAGGUGAAGAAGAGUUAACUGACCAGAAAGAUUUCGGACGUGAUGAUAAUCACCCUACUAAACAAAUGAAUGGAAUCCAGUUCAGUACAGAAACACCAGUUCAAUGUGAAAAAGAAUUGAACACAAAGAAUCAAUAUUGUUAUAUAACUCGAUCACCAUCAAUGUCAGUAACUAAGGGGAUAACACUAUCUGGAGUAGUAAAUAUACAACAACAACAACAACAACAACAAGUAUUGAUUAUCCAUAUACAUGUAAUACAACACUAUCAAGUUUAUCAUCAACUUCAGUAACAUAUUGUUGUAAUACACCAUCAACUAGUUCACAAUCAUUUCAAGAUGAUUUUAAUAAUCAUUCUCUAGAUUAUCAGAAUCGAUUAGUCAAUAAUCAAUAUUUUUCUAAUCAUAGUAAUACUAAUAAUUGUACAAAUUAUAGAUGCCCAUCACAAUUAACUUAUAGUGAAUAUUACCAUUUGUUUCCAUUAUUCAAUCAACAACACCAGCAAACAAUAUGCAGUUAUCAAAAUGAAUGCAAACUGAAUCAAGUGACCAGUAGUAGCCCUAAUACUGGUGAUGCAUUUCAAACGUUUUCACAGCCCACGACUAACCUAACCAUAUCAACACAUUCAACUACUGAAAUAAGUAGAAAUCAUGAAAAUGCAGUUAAUCUCACCGAUAAUGAUAGCAAUAAUAACAGUACAAAUAAAGAAUCCCAAUACAUUUUCAAUUCAGUUGAAUCAAUGGUAAAACCUUAUGGAAAAGCUUUAAAUUAUUCUACACAUAAUCAUAAUGGACAUAUUCAAUUAUGGCAAUUUUUAUUAGAAGAAUUACAUGAUCCUGAAGCGAAUGAUUUCAUUUCAUGGACUGGUUGUGAAAAUGAAUUCAAAUUAAAAGAACCGAAUCAAGUUGCCCAACGAUGGGGUGCAAGAAAAAAUAAGCCAAAAAUGAAUUAUGAAAAAUUAAGUCGUGGUUUAAGAUAUUAUUAUGAUAAGAAAAUAAUUGAAAAAGUCUCUGGUAAACGUUAUGUUUAUCGAUUUACUAGAAAUUUUAAUGAAUUAAUCGGAAAUCAUUUCAAUGGAUCUUUAUUAGAUAAAAGACAACAUAUAGAUAAGCUAAAAGCUGUUGUUUAUUCAACUUCAAAAACAUCAUUAUGUGAACCAUGGAAUAAUGAACUACUUGAAGGAAUAUAGAUAAUAUGCAAAGGAAGAAGGGGAUUAGUUGAUAAGUGAAGUUAGAAGAAAACUCUUAUUUAUCAGAUUUUCAGCUCCAACUCCAUCCAAUUCCAACUGUUUUCUUAUUAUCCAGCUUCUAUCAUUAACUCUGUAUGUAGUAUAAAUAAACUUAUAAAAUGUUGAUAUUGAACAUUUACAAACCAGUUUGUACAGUAAAAAUGAUAAAUUACUAUCCUUUUAUCGAUUUUAAAACUUAUUCAACUAGAUGAGAAGACGAAUAGACACAAACUUAACCAGAAAUGUAAACACCAAUAACAUUUAUAGACAUAUUCACUUCAGAUUACAAAAUUGUCUACUUUUCUAACUCUUGGGUCCUAUUAUUAUUAUUAUUAUUAUUAUUAUUAUUAUUAUAUACGAUAGACGAAAUGUACACAAGUUAAUUGAUAAGUAAGUUAAUCUUGUAAGGAGUGAUUGAUGCAGUGAAUCAGUCGAUUUAAGCAUAAAA